AUGGGCUGGCUCGCGCCUGUCGUCAUUCGGGCGAAGAUCCUAAUCCAAAGCACCUGGCUUCAGCAACUUGAUUGGGACGCUCCACUGCCGGCCAAGGAUGCUCGACAUUGGCAACAGCUGUUGGAUCAGUUGCCGCUGCUCAGGCACAUACGCGUGAAUCGCUGGCUCAGCACCGACAACGAUCACUCGAGGUUGCAGCUCCACGGUUUUGCUGAUGCUUCCGAACGAGGAUACGCCGCAGUAGUCUACCUCCGCACCACUGAAAGGGGAAAACCGUCAAUUAAUCUACUCAUGGCGAAAUCCAAGGUCGCACCCGUCAAGCAGGUUUCGUUGCCGCGACUUGAGUUUAUAUCUGUGGUCCGAUUCCCAGGUCACGCUUCAUUGGAUCCAGGACACACGCCUCGCUGGAAAACUUUCGUCGCCAACCGGGUAGCUCAUAUCCAGACACAGCUCCCGGACGCUCGAUGGAGACACGUAGCCGGGAAGAAUAAUCCUGCAGACUGCGCAUCGAGAGGAAUUACUCCUGGAGAAUUAAUCAACCACGCAUUAUGGUGGACUGGACCUACCUGGUUGGCACUGGACGAGACAGCAUGGCCCAGCUCAGAGGUCCACAUCGCAGAGGAUGACCUUCCUGAACAGCGCACCACCAGCCUGAUGACCAAGGGCUCCGUCGUCGUCGAACCGGACAUCCUUCUUCGGUUCUCUGCGCUUCAUCGGCUGCUACGCGUUACGGCUUGGUGUCGUCGAUGGCUCAACGUGGCGAGCCGGGAGGUCACACCUGGUUGUCCACUACACCCCGACGAGCUGGACGCCGCCCUACUCCAGUGGCUUCGAGUAGUACAGGCGCUCCACUUCCCGGACGAGAUAGCUGCUGCCACCGCAGGACGCUCCGGCCCACCACGCAGUUCACUGAUCAAGCUGAAUCCGUUCAUCGACGACCAAGGUGUACUGCGCGUUGGAGGACGUCUCAAACACGCACUGCUGCCCUACGACGAGAAGCACCCGGUGAUCAUACCGCCGGCCUCCUGGAUGACACGACUGCUGAUCGAGUCCUGCCAUCGUCGCUCUCUGCACGGCGGCGUCCAGAUGACACUCGCCUCCAAUGGGCCACCUUCCUCGGGACCGAGUGACGCCAACUCGACCUUUCUUGAGCACUGGACUGGACUACGCGGGACCAAUUUCCAUCCGGACCAGCAAGGACGCGGACACCGCUCACAGAAAGGAUACAUCGCGGUCUUCGUCUGCUUUUGGUCGAAGGCCAUCCACCUCGAGGUCGUCUCGGAUUACAGCUCCGAGGCCUUCAUCGCCGCCUUACGCCGCUUCGUCUCUCGCAGAGGACUGUGUACGGACGUCUACAGCGACUGCGGCACAACAUUCGUUGGCGCCGAUCGCACCCUGCGGGAGCUCUUCAAGGCGUCGACCUCCGAGGGCCUUCACAUCGCCCGCGCCGCCAACACUCAAGGGAUCCGCUGGCAUUUUAAUCCGCCAGCGGCUCUGUCAGACGAUCCAGACGACACUUCAGCACUCACUCCAGGGCACUUCAUCAUCGGCGCGCCUCUAUUAGCUAUACCUGAGCCGUCACGGAUCGGACAAUCAUCAUCCACGCUGUCACGCUGGCAUCACCUGCAGCUGAUGCGAGACCAUUUUGGGCAGCGGUGGUCGGCUGAGUACGUGCACGGGCUCAACCCCCGCACCAAAUGGGUCAAGGCCGAGGCCGCACCUCACGUCGGGGACCUUUGCAUCAUCCGCUCGGAGCUCACCCCUCCGACUCGAUGGCCUCUUGCAAGGAUCACGAGACUGCAUCCCGGGGACGACGGUGUCGUCCGCGUGGUCUCA